GUGCAAAGAGGAAGUUUCAGUUAAAAUGAUUAAAAAUAAAUCCCUCCCACCGCUGUCGUGUCGUUCUGCGGCUUUGGUAGCACACCCAGGUUGCACAGGUGUGUCAGGAGCAGCAGGUGAAAUCCUUAUCAGGCGGGAGCUACUUCCAUGUGGGCUUCCUGCUGUGGGUUGCUGAAUGAAGUCAUGGGCACGGGAGCAGUGCGUGGCCAGCAGGCUGGCUUUGGGGGAGGAGCUGGCCCCUUCAGGUUCACACCAAGCACAGGCUUCUCAGCAUAUCCAGCUCCUGCUGCAGCCAGCACCAACAUCGUCUGCAAGGCCUGUGGACUUUCCUUCUCAGUUUUCAGGAAAAAACAUGUGUGUUGUGACUGCAAAAAGGAUUUUUGCUCAGUUUGUUCAGUCCUACAAGAGAAUCUCAGAAGAUGUUCCACUUGUCACUUGCUGCAAGAAACGGCCUUCCAGCGCCCUCAGCUAAUGAGAUUGAAAGUGAAGGAUCUGCGCCAGUACCUGAUCCUCAGGAACAUCCCCACGGACACCUGCAGGGAGAAGGAAGACCUGGUGGACCUGGUGCUGUGCCACCAUGGCUUGGGGACAGAGCAGGACAUGGACGCUGGCAGCUUGCGCUCGUCACGGUCACAGAGCUCGGCCUUUUUCACCCAUCCCUUUUCCACCUCUGUAUCCAUGUCAAACCCAGGAGAACUUGCCAGCAGAAGGGGGAGCACGGGAAGUGGAACACCUUCUCGGGGACAAACUGAAACAUCUGUAAAUAAUGAAGAAGAAGAAAGUGCAGAAGAGCAGACCCCGGGGCUGGGCAGGAAGAGAGCCAGGGCCUCCCUGUCCGACAUCUCCAGGCUGGAGGACAUCGAAGGGAUGAGCGUUCGGCAGCUGAAGGAAAUCCUCGCCUGCAAUUUUGUCAACUACUCAGGAUGCUGUGAAAAAUGGGAACUUGUGGAAAAAGUGAGCAGACUAUACAGAGAGAGUGAGGAGAACCACAAGACACAGGGGGAGAGGAUGCAGCUGAACGAGGACGACGACAGCCUGUGCCGGAUCUGCAUGGACGCCGUGAUCGACUGCGUGCUGCUGGAGUGCGGCCACAUGGUCACCUGCACCAAGUGCGGCAAGAGGAUGAGCGAGUGCCCCAUCUGCCGACAGUACGUCGUGCGGGCCGUGCACGUCUUCAAAUCCUAACCCAGCCCUGCCCCAGUGCCCCGGGCAGGAUUCCUGGGGGCAGGAUUCCUGUGGGCAGGAGUGCUGGGCCUUGGGGCAGCUUUGUCGUUUUGGUUAAACUCGGCCUUUUCAACAUCAUGAUGUAGAAGUUGGUGAAAGGUUUUUCAAUCAGCUCCUGCAGCGCAGGGCUGGGCAGGCCCAGGUGCUGCCCCACUGACCUUACAGCCCCACAGAUUGUUGGAGUCAAACUGUUUACAGCAGUUCUUGCUCUCUUCUGAAGAAUCUCACCUGUCCUUACGCAUUCAGCACUCGGCAAGUGGUCAAUAAACACCUCUGCUUGAGCCUGUUA